AUGGCGAUGGCGACGGAGGGCGUCGGGCCGCGUUUGGAGCGCUCCUGCCCCAAUUGCGGCGGCAAGGACAUGGUGGAGGUCCACUCAGAGGGCGACAUUGUGUGCAAGGGCUGCGGCCUGGUGGUUGAAGACCACAUCAUCGACGAGCGCUCCGAGUGGCGCACCUUCGGCGACAAAGACAAGGAGGGCGACGACCCCUCGCGCGUCGGCGGCGCCACCAACCUCCUGCUAGACGACGGCGGCCUCGGCACGACCAUCGGGCGCGUCCAGGGCGACGGCGGCGCAUCGUUCGCGCUGAACAAGAUGCACAUGCGGCAGAACAACCAGAUGCGGCAGCUCAAGUCGGCGUUUGCGGGGAUCGGGGAGAUGUGCUCGAAGCUCAACCAGACGGAUGCUGUCAAGUCGGCCGCCUGCGAAAUCUACAAGAACGUGCACGACAACAAGGUGCUGCGCGGCCGGAAGAGUGAGCUCGCCUACGCCGCGUGCGUCCUGGUGGCCAGCAGACAGGGUUGA